UGCUUUCAUGCAUUUAGUUGCUGCCACGUGAUUGGCUGAUUAAAUAUUUGCAUUAACAAGCUGGUGUACUGCUGGUGUUUAGUUUUAAAUGAGUGUUAAAGCACUUAAAACUAGGAAUGAAAUAAAUAUCACUUAACUGGAGAGCAAAUGUUUAAAAACACACUUUAAUGUAAAAGCAAACACAGAAUAUCUUCACAGUUUAGAAGGGGGAAUGAAAAGGUUAAUAGUUAGACUGAGGGUCAGUCGAUCCAGCUCUUCUGACAGGAGAGGGACAGAAGGGGGACACGGCUCUGCCUGGGCACAGACGUGUGUGAUACUUGUCCUCUUAGCAUUUGUCUGGCUAACUCCUCUCGGAACUGCACACACUGCAGCUGGAAUGAACUCCUUUGUACUGCUGCUGUUGUGGAUUUUGGGUGCGCAGGGAAUGUCCCCAAGUACGGACCUUGGGGGAGACCCGCCCACAGAGGGGUCGAACCCCUGCCCCAAGAGCUGCACCUGCCUCCAUGACCAUUACACCUCGGAGCUCAGCGUCUACUGCAGUGCCCGCAAUCUGACACAGGUGCCCCCCGACAUAUCCAUGUCCACCCACUCCCUCUGGCUUGACAGCAACCUCUUUACUUCCCUGCCGGCCGCUGCCUUCAAGGACCUGAGCAGCCUGGACUUCCUGAACCUGCAGAGUGGCCAGCUGUCCUCUGUGGACGCCCACGCUUUCCAGGGGCUGCGUUCACUCGCCAACCUUCACCUGGAGCGCAACCAUCUGCGCUCCCUCCCAGCUGGAAUCUUCCAGAACACGCCAAGCCUGGCCUCCCUGAGCCUGCACAACAACCAGCUGGGUCGCGUGGAGGAGAGGCUGCUCGCCAAGCUCUCCAGCAUGUGGCUGCUCAACCUGGGCUGGAACACGCUGGCCGUGCUGCCCGAGGCCUUCUUCCAGGACCUGCAUGGGCUGCGGGAGUUGGUGCUGGCGGGGAACAGGCUGGCCUACCUGCAGCCUCAGCUCUUCCAGGGCUUGGCUGAGCUCCGGGAACUGGACCUCUCAGGAAACUACCUAAAGGUCAUCAAGGCUAAUGUCUUCCUGAAGCUUCCCAAGCUACAGAAACUCUACCUGGCCCAGAAUCAGAUCGUCACAGUGGCACCCAGAGCUUUUGUGGGAAUGAAAUCACUCCGUUGGCUGGACCUCACCAACAACCGUCUGAAUGAGCUGCACGAGGAGACCUUCCUGGGCCUUCAUAGCUUGCAUGUGCUCCGACUGUCCAAUAACUCCAUCAACAGCCUGCGGCCAAGGACCUUCCGUGACCUCCAGUAUCUGGAGGAGCUGCGUCUCAGCCAAAACCAGAUCAGGGUCCUGGGGGAGAGAAUCUUCGAGGGCCUGGGUCACCUGGAGGUCUUGGAGUUGGAGCACAACCAGAUCCAAGAGGCACGUAUGGGAGCUUUCUUGGGCCUGUCCCACUUGGCUGUGAUCAACCUGUCUGGUAGUUGUUUCCAGACCCUUCCUGACCAGAUUUUCAAGGGCCUGUCCAUGCUCCACAGUCUGCAUCUGGACAGAAGCUGCUUGGCCAGGGUCUCCAAUCAGGCCUUUGUGGGACUCUCCGGGCUACGGCGCCUCUUUCUCCAGCAUAACAAUAUCUCUGUGGUGGAGCGUCAGAGCUUUGUGGACCUCCAGGGCCUUCAGCAGCUGGACCUGAGGUUCAAUAAGUUGGAAUCUCUGUCCUCCCACACCUUCUACGGCCUGAAGAACCUGGACUACCUGCUGUUGUCUGCCAACCUGCUCCAGCACCUCCCGCCUGAGUCCGUCCUACCCCUGAAGCGCCUCUCCUGGUUGGACCUGUCCGCCAACAAACUGACCUUUCUGCAAAAUGACACCUUACGGCUGCUUCCCAGGCUGCGUUACCUAAACUUGAAGGACAAUGCAUUCAGCAGCCUUCUUGCCACGAUGCCUGAGAGCUUGGAUCACCUGUGGCUGACCGGUAACUGCUGGCGAUGUGACUGUAGUGCCCAAGCCCUGAGAGAGUAUAGCCUGAGCAAGCCACUGGUGGUCCCUCGGCAGGUACAGACCCUGGUGGAGGGGGAGGAGCUUCACACCGUCAUCAGCAUCUACAAUAACAUCACCUGCAGUAGCCCCCCCAGCCUGGCAGGCACGGACCUGAGGGAUGUAAGCAGCGAACACUUCCUGGACUGCUGAGUCACUUCCUGGACUGCUGAGUCACUUCCUGGACUGCUGAGUCACUUCUUGGACUGCCGAGUCACUUCCAGGACUGCAGGUUUUUUUGGCUAAUCCAUGAUGCAAUGGGCACAAGGAGAAGUACUCAGUAUUACUAUACAGUUCCCUGCUAAAUCUUUUUCCCAUGGCAUCCAUGCUAUAAUAGAAUGUUCUUUUGUUAUUUUUUGUGGGCUUCAAACCAUCUGUUUUCCACAAAGACAUGCAUAUACACAUACUAAUAGAAUAAUCAAAGCAUCUGUAUGACCAAUCAUUUAUGUAAUGAAAAAAUGGAUCCUGCACUAAAAACAUGCACACUACUACUUCUAAACUACUUACCUACUAUUACAAUUACUACUACUACUACUACUACUACUACUACUGCAUUACAACUACAAAGUAAAAUGUUCAGUCUUAAAUUAACUCCUGCAGUGUACACAUGGUUCCUACUGCACACGUAGGGCCUCAUUUAUCAAAUGGGAGUCAAAUGAAAUUCCCCCUAAAUUCUUUGGAAAUGCAUUUGCACAAAUAAUGUGGGAUUUAUUUAAGUUUUCAGAAGUCCGUUUUUUUUGUAGGAGCCAAACAAACUUCACGAGUGGUCUCAGCUGUUUGUAUUGAGCGCAGAAAUGAAAGUACAUGGUUUAAA